GGCGGACUACUGCUCCGCUGCGGACAGCGGGAAGGAAGGUCGGUGUUUAACGGGUUCUUUAAGGAGGAAAUCCUAGAAGGAGCAGAAGCCGCGUGGUACGCUCGCUACACCCGCUUUGGUGCGCUCACCCGGGCACAUGCGCAGAAGGAAGACCAGGAUUGGUUUGUGGGACGGUCUCAACUUCCGGGGAGAACCAAUCCGGACGUGCCGAGGGGGCGGGGCCUGGCUCGGCGUGGAGUCCCUCCCACUGAGGCUUUUGGCGCCAGUUUGGUCCUGCCAUGGGGUCCGGGCUGAUCGGGUCCCUGGCCCCACGCCUGGGCCUAAGCGAACCGGGUGUGUUGAGGAAAGCAGAAGAAUACCUGCGCCUGUCCCAAGUGAAGUGCACUGGUCUGUCCGCACACACCACAGAAACUAGCAAUGCGGUCAUCUGUCUGGACCUUGCCGCUUCCUGUAUGAAGUGCCCCUUGGACAGGGCUUAUUUAAUUAAACUUUCUGGUUUGAACAAGAAGAUGUAUCAGAGCUGCCUUAAAUCUUUUGAGUGUUUAUUGGGCCUGAAUUCAAAUAUUGGAAUAAGAGACCUAGCUGUCCAGUUCGGCUGUACAGAAGCAGUGAAACUGGCUUCAAAGAUAUUGCAAAGCUAUGAAUCCAGUCUUCCACACGCACAGCAAGCUGAUCUUGACUUAUCUAGGCCACUUUUCACCACCUCCGCACUACUUUCAGCAUGCAAAAUUCUAAAGCUAAAAGUGGAUAAAAACAAAAUGAUGACCACCUCCGGUGUAAAAAAAGCUAUAUUUGAUCGGCUGUGUAAACAGUUAGAGAAGAUUGGACAGCAGAUUAACAGAGAGCCUGGAGAUUUAGAUAGUCCACCACUGAAGAAAAAGAAGUUACUGGUCGAAGCACCUGCUGAAGAAGUUUUGAAUGGAGUUGAGAUCCAACAUAAACCACAGAGUGAUGAAGACCUGACACAGGACUAUGAAGAAUGGAAAAGGAAAAUUUUGGAAAAUGCUGCCAUUGCUCAAAAGACUGCAGUAAAAUAACUUUCAUUUUAUUACCAGCAUAUGCUGUGAGCUGAUAGCAUACUUCUGGAAGUCUCAGGACUUUUGGAUUUUGUUUAGACAUCUAUGGCAAGGAUACUGAGCAUUGUCUCAAUAGCAAAGAAGCCAGCACUUGGGCGGAAUUCUGAGGCGUGGGCUAGCACUUCCACAGAGCCUCCCAUAGCCUCAGCUCACAGCUCUGUGCUCUUACCAGAUGGAAUUGGAACCUUUUUGUUGUUCUGCUUUAAGCUAAAGACAGUCCACUGCCAUAUCUAGAUAUAAAUUACAAUCCGAAAGGAAUCUUACAGAUUUUGCUUAAGUUUUUUGGUUUUGGUUUGAUUAUAUUAUACAUCCUAAGUUAAUAAAUAUUAUUUUUACAUGCA